AGUCGACUGAGGGACCUGCGGGCGGACGGGGGCUCGCCUGACCGAGACACCAGGGGCUUGGGCGGGCGGACGGACAGAGCGAGCAGACAGACGCCCAGCGGCCGCCAGCUCCACGCAGGUCCCUGCUAGGCUUGCACCCAGAGGCCGCCGGCACACCGAAACCGGCCGAAUCUCCUGCGCUCCGCCCGCCCCGGCUCCCGUGCCAGCGCCCCGUGGCCGCCGCCUCUGAAGUGAUUGCUGCCUCGCCGCCUCCGCCGGGUCUAGGACCAUGAAGCUGCUGCCGUCGGUGGUGCUGAAGCUCUUUCUGGCUGCAGUGCUCUCGGCGUUGGUGACUGGCGAGAGCCUGGAGCGGCUUCGGAGAGGGCUGGCAGCUGGAACCGGCAAUCUGGACUCUCCCACCGAAUCUACAGACCAGCUACUGGCCCCGGAAGGCGGCCGGGGCAGGGAAGUCCUGAACUUAGAAGAGACAGACCUGGAUCUUUUAAGAGCUGCUUUCUCCUCGAAGCCACAGGCUCUGGCCACACCCAGCAAGGAGGAGCGUGGGAAAAAAAAGAAGAAAGGCAAGGGGUUAGGGAGGAAGAGAGACCCUUGUCUUCGGAAAUACAAGGACUUCUGCAUCCAUGGCGAAUGCAAAUAUGUGAAGGAGCUCCGGGCUCCAUCCUGCAUCUGCCACCCCGGUUACCACGGAGAGAGGUGCCAUGGGCUGAGCCUCCCAGUGGAAAAUCGCUUAUAUACUUAUGACCACACAACCAUCCUGGCUGUGGUGGCCGUGGUGCUGUCGUCCGUCUGUCUGCUUGUCAUCGUGGGGCUUCUCAUGUUUAGGUACCAUAGGAGAGGAGGUUAUGAUGUGGAAAGUGAAGAGAAAGUGAAGUUGGGCAUGACUACUUCCCACUGAGAGAGACCUGUGCUCAAGGAAUCUGCGGGACGACUGCUACCUCUGAGAAGGCACAGCUGAUCGUAGACUCUGCAGAGGGAAAGUACGUCACAGCUAGUCAGGAAGACUCCUUCGUUCCCGGUUGCUGUCUAGAUUGGGCCUCCCAUAAUUGCUUUGCCAAAAUACCAGAGCCUUCAAGUGCCAAAUGGAUUAUGUCAAAAUGGGAUCUUGGUCUGAAGAAAGCAAAAGCGAGAGGCCUUCGUGCCCUUCUGAUUCCCCUCCUCCAAACUUCACAUAUCCCCAUAAGUUCGUUUAAACAAUUACCUUCUGGAUUCAGAUGCUGGUUAAAUUCCAUAUGCUCCAGGAUCAUUGACUGAUAAAAAAGAAGAAGGAGAGGAUGAAAGAAAACUUUGUGGAUGGGAAGAAAGCAACGAAGAUUGAAAAGCCAUGAACUCAUGCAGCCACCAAGGGAUCGGCCAUUUGGAGCCUCUGGCACAGGAUUUGAUGAGCUAACUGUGAAAUACAACAAGCCCGAGAACUCUGAAUUUUGGGACUUCUACCCAGACGGAAAAGUAACAACUAUUUUUUGUUCGUUUGUUUGUAAAAUGCCUCUUAAAUUAUAUAUUUAUUUUAUUCUAUGUAUGUUAAUUUAUUUAGUUUUUAACAAUCUAACAAUAAUAUUUCAAGUGCCUAGUCUGUUACUUUGGCGAUUUCCUGGCCUUUGACCUUGUGUACCCCACCACUUGGCUCAGCGUCACACCCCUCUGCCACAACUCCAAGGUGGGUCCGUGACCCAUCUGGGAUAAUCUGCUCUCUGUCCACGUUUCCAAAGAUCUUCCACAAUUGCAGUACCAUAGCGGGAGGUCAGUAGAGUCAAGAUAAAGGAGUUAACCUUGUCAGAUCCUCUCUAUGAGUUGGACUGCGGUCUUGCCUAGGCGAUAUUGUCUACUGUUUGUGUUUUGAAAGCCCAAGGUGCUGACGUCCAAGCAUACCAACAGAUAUUGGUGUUUGCCUGUGUCCUGUCCCUGCCAAAUCUCGUAAGAGGUUGGACUUCCAUGCCUGCAGCUCUCCUGACUCCUCAACCCCAACAGCCCCAGGCCGACAGAGUGGGAACUCCCUCUCCCCUGUGUCGAGACAUUUCUCUUACGCCUGCCAUUCUUCUGGUGCUACUCCAUGUGGGGGUCAGUGCAGCAGAGGAUAGUCUAGAGAAGAUUUUAGCAACAAAAAAGGCUGAGGAGGAGCAGGAAACAUUGGAGCCGACUGUUCUUGUUGACUGAUGACCUACCAAUUACUACAGAGUUUGGAGGUGAGGAGGGCUUUUGUGUAAACCCACCCACCUCACUGAAAACUAAAAAGGUAUGCUGUCAUGGUCCCUUCUGGAAGUUUCUGGUGCCAUUUCUGAACUGUUACAACCUGUAUUUCCAAACCUGGUUCAUAUUUAUAUUUUGCAAUUCAAAUAAAGAUAACCCUUACUCCAUAGA